UCUUUCGCAAGCAGUUGCGGUUAACAUUCUCCGCACUCGGACAUCUUGGCGUCUUGGGAGCACAGCACACACUCCCGUUGACAUAAGAAAAAACACAAACGAGAUCUGAGAUCUGGAUUCGUGCUCUUGUUGCAUGGACGGCGCCAUCUGAUUCUCUCCGGGCGUUUUCCGAAAUGGGCUUCAACAUGAAGAUUGUAAUGAUUUGGGUGAUUUUUGGGUACUUCAACUCCACCAAAGCCUUAAGGUAUGCGUGCCCUUCGAACGCAUGGUGUGUCCCAGGUGAAAACUGCAAUGAUGGCUCGGUGGUACAUGCUUAUAAUGCGACAGAUUCAAGACGGAUAGUGGAGUAUGUGUGUGGUGUAAUCAGUACAGAGGAUUACGUGUGUUGUGCAGAGACGGGACUUCAUAACAUCUCGACAGAUUACACUCCUUCCAGGACGAACUGGUUUUAUCCAAAAGAAAACGUAACAGUCAUACGAGGGUUAGUAGUACUUCCAUGGCCUGGACACGAGGCGACAGAAGUGACUGUUCCAGAUCUCAAGAAGCCACCGCCCAUUUGCCCAAGCUACAGUGUGUGCGUUCCUCCAGCUGUAUGUCCGGCAGUAUCUAUACGUUACAGUGGAGCCGUCAUGGGAGAUAUAAUUAAUUUUCAGUAUCAGUGUGGACACACCUGGGAUACAGUUUCAUGGACAUGUUGUUCAGUUCACAUAUUCAUCAAUUCCAUAUAUGAAGCCCUGAACACUGCUCCUGUUGUGGCACCCCGGUUCGCGCAUGGCAGUAUAAACGCAGAAGUGAUAAAACACAGCCCUAAAAUAUAUGAUUACAGCAAAACCUUCAGCUCUCUUUCUGGUCCACGUCUUUCCGCCUAUUCACAAACCCGGAAGCGACGAGAAAUUUCUGCAAGUGACUUGACAGACGACGCAGAAUUGGAAAACGGGAUUGAAGUUAACGACACUAUUAUAGUAGUAUCUGCCGCAAUACCAUUUGAGUUGGCUCCUGACAAUAGCACCGAAUUCAGUGGUCGUUCAGCAGAAGGCUCGCCAUCUCAGUCUAUCCCAAGAUCGGGAGUUCCUUCAUCAUGCGGGAAACCAAUUGGUCAAGGAAUAGCUGCUCAUCAGUCCACGCCGUACAACGCAGAUCUCGCCAAUGCCGGUUUAACCAGGGAAGGGCAAUACCCGUGGCACGUUGCAGUACUGACAGUCAACAGGGAAUACUUGUGCGGCGGUACAAUUGUUGCGGAUAGACAUGUUAUAACUGUGGCCCAUUGCGUCGAUGCGUACACUGCGCAGGCGUUAAGGGUAAGAGUUGGAGAUUACGACCUCACGAGCAACACUGAGAGUCAGCCGUCUUACGAUGUGGAACUCUCGAGUAUUGUUUUCCAUCCCAAUUACACCAAACCCACCCUUAAGUCCGACCUCGCUGUCUUGGUUUUGAAAUUUUCAGUCCUGUCGCUUCCGAAUGUUGCCAGAGUAUGCUUCCCAGGAGAAGGAGCGACGUCAGAUAAACAGGAAUGCUAUGUUCCCGGCUGGGGAUCUGUCACACCAGCCAGGCAAGGCUCUCCGAGAAUCACAAAUUUCCAUCCAGUUUUAAAGGACUCCGGCCUGGUGCUCGUAGGACCUGACAGAUGCGAGCAACAGCUAAGGAAAGUAAAGUCACUAGGAGUGUUCUUUAAGCUGUUACCAGGAGUUACGUGUGCCAAAGGUCUUCAUCAGAGAGAUUCUUGCCAUGGAGAUGGUGGAAGUGGUUUGGUUUGCAGGACUGUUGCUGGAGAGUUCGUUUUGCAAGGUCUGAUAUCAUGGAGUGCUGGAUGCGACAGAGGACUUCCAACUGCUUUGGUUGAUGUAGGCUUCUAUGGAGAUUUCAUCUUGAAUGUCAUUAGAGGGAUACCUUUCUUAGGUUCGACAUCAUUCAGUAAUGGUACGUCAUCAGAUAAUUCAAGAUUUGGUUUUAAUUUCCAAGGAGCAUCAAGUCAGUCUAGUAUCUAUGGAAACUUUCAGCAAUCCUCAUUCAACAAUGCGCAGUCCUCAUUCAGCAGUGCUUACCAGAGCUCGUUUGGUGGUGGUCAACAAGUUAGUGGGAGUACGCAACAAAGUGGUGCAUUAUUUGGUCAGUAUUCUAGUGGCAAUGUACAGCAAACUGGGAGUUAUGCUGCCAGUAGUAGUAGUUCAAGUACAGCACAAACUGAGCAGAGAUAUCAAGGUGCUUAUGCCUCGGCCAGUCAAGGCAUAAACACACAAGUAAACAUAAAUCAAAAUGUUGAUGCUAACACUUAUGGAGGCACUCAGGGGGCCACUUAUGGAGGCACUCAGGGGGCCACUUAUGGAGGCACUCAGGGGGCCACUUAUGGAGGCACUCAGGGGGCCACUUAUGGAACUGCUCAGGGGGCCACUUAUGGAACUGCUCAGGGGGCCACUUAUGGAACUGCUCAGGGGGCCACUUAUGGAACUGCUCAGGGGACCACUUAUGGAACUGCUCAGGGGGCCACUUAUGGAACUGCUCAGGGGGCCACUUAUGGAGGCACUCAGGGGGCCACUUAUGGAGGCACUCAGGGGGCCACUUAUGGAGGCACUCAGGGGGCCACUUAUGGAGGCACUCAGGGGGCCACUUAUGGAGGCACUCAGGGGGCCACUUAUGGAGGCACUCAGGGGGCCACUUAUGGAGGCACUCAGGGGGCCACUUAUGGAGGCGCUCAGGGGGCCACUUAUGGAGGCACUCAGGGGGCCACUUAUGGAGGCAACUCAGGGGGCACUUAUGGAGGCAAUCAGGGGGACACUUGGAGCGACAGGGGGCCACUUAUGGGAGUGCUCAGGGGACCACUUAUGGGAGUGCUCAGGGGACCACUUAUGGAAUGCUCAAGGGACUUGCCUAGGAACUGA